CUCAUUUCUGUUCUAUUUGAUGAAGGAGGCCGAUAGUGACGCUGCAGCACAAACACUCUUCCAACAGAUGUUUGAUGAAGCUUGUACUGCUGGGUUUCUAAUCCCAUCCACCAGCUUCAACAAGAGCUUCAUACCAGCCCUGGUUGGUGCCCUAGUCAAUAACCUGGUUGAGAGCAGUCGGGUUGAGCUUGACCAGUUUGUCGAUGGACUGAAGACUCAUCAGGUCCUUGAGUUGCUGCGUUUGAGGCCUGAUGAUAGCUACUGCAUAUUCAGCGGCCGAACAAAACCUUUGACUGUAGAAGCAGUUCGCUUGCUUUUGCAUUUCCGAUAUCGGACUGGGAAUCAUGCAGAAACUGAUCAGCAGACAGCUCAAGGUUUUCUGACGUUCCUCCGAGCUACCAAAGGAUCAACUGCAUCUGUCAACGGGGUUAAGCUACAGCCGAAUGACGUGCUGAUGUGGCUGACGGGAUCAGCGACAAUGCCGGCAGUGGGCUUCCAUAAAGUUAUUGAUGUGGAAUUUGGGGACACGCUUCGGGUUAACACAUGUGCCCUGGUGUUGACGCUGGCUGAAGUGCCACGCGAAGUUGAAGAUGUUGUGCAACAUUACUCCGAACUGCUCAUCAAUAGCCAGACAUUUCAAGCGGAAUAAUUUCCCAAGAUAGUUUAAUACAUCAUGACUCAUUAGGAAAUUGUGUUAUAUUCCUUUUCAUGGGUAUAUAUGGAACGGUAGUUCGGUAAAAAUCAUUCGUGGUGAAUAUUUACAUUAUGACUGAUGUUAAUUCUAAUAUGCUUCAUGACAAUUCCAAACAUGCCGGUUGUCUAUUCGUUUAU